AUGACGGCAGAGGGCCAGGAAGACAUGGAGAACCCGACUGGGAAGCUAACGCGAAAUGUCAAGGAAAGACAAGAAGCGCGUGAUGAGACAAUCAGCAGACUGCGAGACACACAUGUUCUUGUCGUCGGUGCCGGAGGCCUAGGCUGCGAGGUGCUGAAGUGCCUCUGUUUGUCGGGCUUCCGCCGAAUCGACGUCAUCGACAUGGACACGAUUCACGUGACCAAUCUUCACAGACAGUUUCUCUUCCGGGACAAGCAUGUGGGGCGUCCGAAGGCGCAAGUGGCUGCUGAGGCGCUGAAUGCGCAGUAUGCCCACCUCAAUGUGCAUGUGACAGGGCAUGUGGGUCGCCUAGAGGAGAAGAACGAGGACUUCUACCGCCAGUUCCACAUCAUCGUUUCGGGGCUCGACAGCAUCGAAGCUCGCCGGUGGCUGAACGCCAUGGUCCACAGUCUGGCGGAAACAGGCGAAGACGGAGAAGUGGAUUUGAGCUCGUGCAUUCCGCUCCUGGAUGGAGGCAGCGAGGGCCUCAAGGGGCAAGCACGGUGCAUCUUCCCCUUCGUGACCUCCUGCUUCGAGUGCUCACUUCAGAGUUUUCCGCCACAGACCACCUACCCGCUGUGCACGCUUGCGGAGACGCCGCGGCUUCCCGAGCACUGCAUCGAGUACGCCAUGCUCGUUUUGUGGACGCAGCAGUUCCCCGGCCGCGAAUUUGAUGCAGACGACACUGAGCAUCUGCAGUGGGUCUACGAGCGUGCGAAGCAACGAGCGGAGACAUUCAAAAUUCCAGGCGUCACCUAUCGCUUGGCGCUCGGCGUCACGAAACGCAUUAUUCCUGCAGUUGCCAGCACGAACGCGAUCAUCGCCGCCAUGCUCGUUGAAGAGGCGCUGAAAAUCGCGACUUUCUGCGUUUGCAGUUCACACGACGCUCGCGUCGCUGGUCUCGACUCUCCGUCUCCGACCCCCUCUGGGCCUUCGACUUCGUCUCCCUCGUCGUCUUGUGAGCAGAGCUCAGAAGAGCGGAAGAAGUUCGACAGUCUUCUUCACGAAGACCGGCUGCUUGCGGAGUCUCAGCCUUCCUCUUGCCCGUCUUCGUCGCUCUGUGGAGGGGACCCUGAAUCUGGCGUCCCCGGUGAACGGGAAGAAAGCGCGUCGACGCAAACGCAGGAAGGACUGAAGAGCAUGCGAGAGCUGGAGUCGCCUCGCGUUGCCUCUGCUUUGCAUGACGAAGACGCACCGGGAGAUGCCCCAGACGACGGAGGAGGAGGGCGCAGAAGGGAAGCGACUAACGGCACCCCCGGCGCAGAGGAGUUAUCUGGCGUUCAAAAUUACAUCAUGUACAUGGGCGAGACCGGCAUCUACACGCAUACCUUUGAGUAUGCGAAGAAACCGGCGGUUCUUUUUCUGCAGAAACCACCUCAGCUUCGCCGGCAGUUGGAGGCGAACCUACCCAAGACUCUGCGAGAGCUCGCGGAGGCAGACCUGCUCAAAGAAGGAGAAGAGCUCCUCGUCACUGACGCCGCCCUGCCAUCGACACUGCGCCUGCGUCUUUUCUUCGAAUCAAAAGUACCUGCGUAA